UCCCCCACACGGGGCCAGGCGCAGGGGAGUGACUCAGCUGCCGGGCUGGGUGGUGUCCGGCCAGUGUUUGGCGGAGAUAAGACCCCCCCUCAACAUCCUCCCUUUAUUCCGGGCUUUUUGUUUGCUUUUGUCCUGACACACAAAACAAAAACUGCUCCGGGGGACUGCAGCGGCGAGGCAAGUGUAAGAGGGAGAGCGGUGAUGACAGAGGAGAGGUGUGCCAAAGUGGAGCAGUAUGUUGGUGAAAUUAAAGGUGGCCUGAGACCAACCAUGAAACUCACAGUCAUAGGCAUGGUACACUCCAAACCCAAGAGCUUUUCAGUGACUCUGCUCUGUGAUCCAGUGGAUGCCAACAAAGAUGUUGGGCUGUUAUUUACAGUUAACUUCAGUGAGAAAUCCAUCACCCGAAAUGCACGAAUUGCUGGGAAAUGGGGAAGAGAAGAGAAGACUAUUCCCUACUUUCCAUUUACAGCAGGUGACACGUUCAAGAUGGAGCUCUUAUGUGAACACCAGCAAAUACGAGUCUUGGUUGAUGGACGGCAGCUCUGUGACUUCACUCACCGCAUUCAGCCUCUGAACCUGGUGAAAGCUUUGCGGAUCUCAGGGGACAUCAAGCUUACCAAAGUGGCUUGAAAAAAGGAGACCAGGAUAUCACCAGAG